UAGCUGGAGCGCAACAAGACGGUAGGGAUCUUGGCAUGGGACAUAACUAAGCCAUAUCAUUCUAAUAGCAUUUUUGGAUUAAAUUGGACAGAGAACAACAAAUAGACGUGAAAUAGGACAGAUCAACUGACCGUUAUUAUGGUUUUUUGUUCUCAUCAGGGACAAUAGUGAUAUCGCCACAGUUGAAUCUUAUUAUUUCAGUAGGUGAUGGUCUGAGGCCUAGCAGGAACCUUUGGGGAGAAGCAUGGUGGAGAGUUUUGGGGUGAGGACCAGUGGAGGGAGACAUGGAAGUGAUGGACUUGGAGGGGUCUGAUACAGACUGACUAACCAGGGAGUAUUUGGGGAUAUCACAGUUUUGGUGAGAAGGACGAUAUAGCAGUGAUGGGUGAUUUCAGCCAUACGGACCCCAGCUGGCACCCUUACUCAAGCCAAACCAGAGUAGUUAGGAACUAAGUAACUCUCCCACUGGCUUCAAUGGUCCUCCCAGACUAGAGGAAGCAAAGGAGCAAAUGCUCUUCCGAAGCAAAUUCUGCGCAACAAGGAGGAAUUGGCUGCUGAGGCAGACGUGAUGGGAAGGGAAAUAACCAUCCCAUAAUAGAGUUUGUGAUUGGGGAAAGAAGAAAACAAUGAUCUGACACAACAGCAGUUUGGAGAAAGCAGGCUUUAAAGGGUUCAGAAAAAGAAUGGAAUUUUAUAGGGAAAAUCAAGCCCUGAGGGAACAUGGGAGUCUCAAGAAUAAAAUACUGAAGAGAUGAACAGAAAAGAUUCUGACGAAGAAAGAAGGGGUUGGACGCUCACGGAGGGCAGUGGAUCAUUACAUGCCUGUGUUAUCUCCACGUCCUCCAAUUGCCCCUAAAGGGAACCACGGAUCCUGUGCGGUGAUUGAUCAGAUGUAUCCGAAUACUCUGAAACUGGCUCUCCCUAGGCCAAAUACUGUCUCAGGAAGACCAAGUACCGCCCCAGGAAACAUGCAGCAUGUACAACAACGGCCAAGCCGGCUACAACCUCUCCACGCUCAUACCACGACGGGAGUCACGCUGAAGCCAGCUCCAAUGUCUAGGUCAAAGCCUUCCCUGACAGAGACGGAAGGCCGAUUUCCCAAUGGGGGCGAAAGGUACCGAAAUACUGCAGAGCAUUCCCAUGGAGUCUCUCCAUAUCAGUUGCCCAUUAUUAAUGAGUAUUUGAUGCCUGUGCCUCCACCACCAUCCCCAAGAAAUGAAAAGAUGAUUAACAAAAGUCGCAUUGAGGCGUGGAGGAGAAGAACCCGCCCCACCACAGCACCCACCCUUCCGGAUCCUCACAGGGAUUCAGGAAGGUUUCACAAGUCCCCGCUGCACAGUAAUGCCUUCAUCACCAUGAUCUACUGGGGGAAGAGAGUGCACCUGAAUCACGACGACAUCAAUUCUAGAGACGAGAUCAAAAUUUACCAGCAGCACUGCGGCGGAGAAAACCUCUGUGUCUUCCAAGGCAGACUCCUCGAGAAAGAGACGUUUCAGUUCAUUUCCAAGCGCCACUAUGGCUUCCCCUUCAGCCUCACGUUCUUCCUGAAUGGGAUGCAGCUGGACCGGCUGAGCUCCUGCUGUGAAUUCAAGCAUCGCCGGGGCUCCAGGCUGGGAGGCAAGAACGGAUACUUUGGCUUCGUGGACAUCGACGGAGCUUCUCCAUGCUAUAAGUGCAUCAUUUCCCUGGGACUUGAUAAGAAGCCAUUUCCACCUCCAAAAAGAGAGAAAGAGACUAUGGAGAUAAAUGAGCUAGCCGUGAAAGAGGAAGAGUGCCUCAAACCGAAUGAAGGACUCAUUGAAGAAGAGGAGGAGAUGAUGAGGCCACCCAUAGUCGUUUGUUCGGCCCCAGAAGAUGAUAAGAAAGUUGGGAAGGCGGUCAAGGAAGGGGUGAACAUAGCUGAGGAAAAAGGAGCCGCUCCUUACGAAAAUAAACAUGAAGCUCCAUUUAAAGAAGACUAUGAUGAAGAUUUUGAAGUUGAUGACGAGAAAUCGAAUGAGAAAGCUAAUGACGAUGGACAGGUUGAUGAUCAAAUGAACGGAAGGUCCAAGUCACCCUCAGACGAUGAAAAAGAUAAUUUAGAGCAUGAAAAGGAGAGUGAAACCUCGUUCCCGGAAACGCGAGAAGGCGACAAUUAUAUGAAGUACGAAAUAGACGGAUGCUCGGACAAUGACUUGGAAGACGAUGAUAAACAAGAUCUCAAAUCAAUCCAAGAGGAAAUAAGAGACUCAGUAGAAGAGAAUGAUCCAUGCCCUUCUGAAAUGGAGGCCAGCGAUUCCAGCCCAGAGGAAGCCGAAGAGGACCCAAGUAGCCACCUGAAUCACAUCUACAGAGAUGGGGAUCUGUUGUCAGAGGAAACGGCAGCCCUGGCACUCGAUGAUGAGGAGUACAAGCAUGGAGCACCUGAGAGCGAGCAGCUGAAGCAGAGAGGAGCCCUUGAGGGGGAGGUGGCACCAGAACCCAAGAGAGCCGGACCAGGAACAGGAGCAGAGGAACCCAGAUCAAGGAAGGAGGAGGAGGAGGAGGAGGAGCAGGAAGAGGAGGAGGAGGAGCAGGAGGAGGAAGGAGAGGAGGAAGAGGAGGAAGAAGAGGAGGAAGAGGAAGUGGAGGAGGUGGAGGAGGUAGAGGUGGAGGAGGAGGAGGAGGAAGGGGAGGAAGCUGGGGCAGCUCUGGGGAGGGGCUGCAGGUCGGUCAAUGCCACAUUGGCACCCCAAGAUGUCAGAGAAGUGGUAGAAUUGAGCAAGGGCAGGGAGCUCCCUAGCAAUCAUUGGGAUGAUAAAGAGCCAGGAGCUGAAGGAGAAGGAAUCGUCUCUAAGGAAGAUGGGGAAGUGGCAGACAGGAAGGAUAGUUCACAAAUAGCAUCCGUUGUAACUGAUUCAAGAUGUCCUGAAGAAGAGUCCUGGAGGUCCAGAGGUUCAGAAAGAAAGGAGGCUGCAAUCCAGGAGGAGGAGAAUGGAUGGAGGGCAGUGAGGGCAGAGCAGGAGGAUACAGGGGAUGCAGUGUAUGCUAGCAAGUUAGCAAGCCACAGCAAAGGAAAGAUGGAGGAGAUAGUGAUCCAAAAAGAAAUGGGAAAGCCCAAGGAGGAAGACACCGAAAGUCGGGCUCAAGAGGAAAGAGGAUGCACUGGAACCGUGUCCCCAUCCAGGGGGAACAUGACCCCUUCAAGAGAAGAAUUUGAGAUGGAGGAAACUGAGUGUGCCAAGGAAGCAAAGAGAAAGGAAUCACUCCAAGAAGGGCAGGAAAGUGGGGGGAAGGCAGCCCCUCUGAAGGAUGUGGCCUUGGGCGGGAAAGGGGCCAAGGGGGUCUCUUAUUUAGAAGAGGCUCAGAGGGAAGCUAGAGAUUCCAGGGGCACAAAGGAGAUAAUAGCUGUUGAAGAGGAAGUAACACCUGAAGAAGAAACUGAGGCAUUAGAUGAGACUGUGAGGGAAACUGUGUCCAAGAGGGAAGUUGGGAUGCCUCUAGCUGUAGUUGAAGGCAAGGGAGUCUUCAAAGAAUCAGGAGAAAACACAAGUGGAGGAGGAGAGAGAGAGGAAGACGAGUGUGAUGCCACAGUGGGAGAUGCAGGGCAGGGGAUGGAGCCUCUGGACAGGGCAGCAGUUCACAGAGAAAAUGCUGAAAAGAAUAGAAAACUGUCCUUGAGGGAUGUGGCUUCUGAGAUCCAAGAGUUGUCAGAGAAAGGAGAGAUGCCAGGGAGGGAGGAAGAAGUGGAAAGAGAAGGCCAGGAAACCAGAUAUGGAGCCCCAAGAGAGGUGAUGGGCAGGUCAGAAGAAGAACCCAAAAGGGAGAAUCAAGAGAUGGAAUUACCAGAGGAGGCUGGGAGGUCACCAGACAAUGGAGAGAAGAGAGCUCCUGGUGUGAAAACAGCAAGAAAGGAAUGGACAUCUGAGGAGGAGACCCCAAGAAAGCAGCCAUCAUUCACCGAGAGAGCAGGGGCCAUGGGGCAAGUCGAAGAAAUCGUGGCUAAAGAGAAAGAAGAGGCAGGAGCCUCAGGGAUGACCCACAGGGCUGUUCUUGGAGAAGACCCAGGGAUAGAGGCACGGGUCCGAGAAGAAGCAGGAACCUCAGCACCAAGGACAGGGAUGGAGAUGUCCCUGGGGAAAGAAUCUCCUAAGGACCAAAAACUUGACCGGAAAACUAUUCUGGAAGAAGCUGAGGCAGAUGUGGGGAACGCGGGAGGGAUGGCAGCAGCAGCUUUGAAGACGGAGGUGUUGGCAGAUGAGGCAGCAGCUGAGGGCCAAACAGAGGAAAAUAAAGCCGUCUCUCCUUCAGAUGUUGCUGUGGGAGAAACUUGGCCCAGACAGGACCAGCUAGUAAAGAAAACAGCAGCCGCAGACAGGAUGUUGGUGAAGGAGGCAGCGGUAGAAAGGGGGGAGGAGGGAAAUGGAGAAAGAGUCCCAGCUGUGGAGGAGAUGAGAAGCCAAGCAGGACCAGAGGCAGAACUAGCCAAGGAGGAAGGAGUUCUUGGAAUGAGACUCAUGAUCCAGGCAGUGGGAUGGGAGAGAGGUGGCGGCAAGGCUGAAACCAUCCAGAGGGUGGAGAUAGUGGGACAAGACUGGAGGAAGUCGGAGGCCCAGACUCGGGAGGCAGGGGGGGAGGAGGAAUUCAGACUGGGACCGUCAGACCCCAAGGGAGAAGUGCCCAAGUGCCAGAGUCCUCAGGCCUUAGAAACCACGACUGUGGGAAACGAGAUGAAUGAAAGAGAGGAGCAAGAUGGCAGCACGCCCAGGAAAGAUGGCACCCCAGGAGCUGAAGCCCCAAGGGCUUAAGGGGGCUUGAAAUAUAUCUUCUGGCAAGCGCAGGCAGCAGCAGAAGGAAGUCUGAUCAUUGGCCUCUCCAGACCUUCAUAGCAUUAAGUGUUUUGCCUUUUUUUACACAUUGCUCUAGAUUUGUGCUGACUCAAGAUGCCAAUCUGUUCAUCUCUGCUGAUUCCUGACAUGACAAACAGCCCAGAGAAACUACCGGAUGCAACGGAAAAGGAUCUGCAAGAAAAGAACUUCGAAGAAAUAUUCUCUAUGGCAUCGCUCUGUCCAUGUUUCCCAUCACUGACACCCUUCAGUUUUCUAAGUGAAAUCAUAUUUUAAUUGUUCCCUUGGAACCUAAAGCUGUCCUAUAGUUUUAUGAGUUGAUGCAACUUUAUUUUUUGAAAUCUAUUUCCUUUUCAAUCUUAAUCAUGUGGGGGUUCCUAGGUGGAAUUCGUGGCUUGGGACUGUCAGUGCCUCGGCUUCGUGGUCCAUGAAAAUCAUGUCGAAGAGGCUCUCGUGUCUGUUCAUCAAACCAAGUCCGGAGAUGGCUUGGGGGAGGGGGGCUGGGAAUUGUCCUGAAAAUGGAUUUAGUGCAUAGAAAGCCUUUGCUUUUAGCGUGGAAAGGUUCUUUCUUUUUGAGAAUGCCGACGAGGGUUGUUUCAAAAUGCUUCCUCAGAGGAAAAGCAUUUUUAUCAUCCUUCUUUCCCCAGAGAGCUGGCUCAGUUCACAGCUCCCAGCAUUUCCUCAUUCCUGGGAAACCAAGAGCAAAUGACAGGAGAGCCUCCGUUAGCUUUAGUGAGGACAACAGGCUGACCCCGGGAGUUACAGUGGGAGCACCCAGAUCCAUGCACGCCAAGGCCUUGGGAGUGUGGUGUUGCUGCUGCAGGCAAUGGGCACAGGGGUCCCUGCUUCUAGCCUUUGGCUGUUUGGAAUGAUAGGAUUUGGGCUCCAGAAAAGCAGUGGAUGUCUGCACCCCCCCGGGACCGUUUCCUAGGGCAGUGGGAGUGGGGCUUCCUCAGCACCAAGGGGUGAGGGACUCCCCUGAUUCUUCUGGCCCCAGCACUGCACCAGGGGACGCCUUUUACCCUCAUCGUGCUGAUGGUUUGGUACCUUGGACAAGUCCCACCUUCGGCAAAUGACUCCGCAGCUGCAGUUUCCUCAUUUGUAAAACAUGGACUUUGAGGUCUCUUCCAGGUCUCUGAACCUCUAGGUAAAGAGGCAGUAAUUUAGAGGAAGGAUCGCCAAGGCAAUUCUCACAGUCUAGCAGGCUGAGCCCUUUCCCUGGUAGAGCGAAUCCCUUUUGGGGUUUUCCCAAUGCCAGUAAAGUCACGGGUCUGUUCCGACACCAGCGGCACCCCCAAAGCCUGUUCUCCCCCAAACAGGGAAAUCUCCUACACAACUCAACUGUGCUAAUUGGGACUCCUGAGCUCCUGGAGACCAGCAGCCUUGUCUUUGGUGGCUCUUGUGCAUUCUGGGUAAAGGAAACCCUCUAUGGAACACAACCAUUGACCAUUUAGUGCAGAAGGCUUCAUUUUCUGUGGGUGUGGAUGCAUUCACAGGCAAGAAAACGGGCCAGAGGGGGGCCGUUGGGGCUCUGAUGGAGUUGGGAGAUCUCCAGGACACACGGGCUGACAUUCUGGGAGGGCUGAUGGGACUCUCCUUUCCCUGCCUGCUCAUCUCCAUCGUGAGCUGGCUGGGGAGUUGGGAAUCCCCUGCUCUAGAGGGUUUCUUUCACAGCCUGUAGUCAGUGAGUUGGAGGGGACGUGGUAGCACCCUCAAAGCAUACCAACCGGGUCUUAAUGGGCCUGUGUCAGGUUCUUCUGGCCCUGCUCUCUCUGCCUGCCCCCCGGGCUCCUGAGCCCUUUGGAAUGACAAUGCUUUCAAGGAACACCCAAGAACACACCGUCUUGCACUGAACAAUGGCUUCUGUACAGCAAGUCACCUGGAAAUGACUCUGUGUGGGAAGGACUCCUGGAAUCAGUGUCCCUGAGGACGUCACUCUGGGUUUUCGUGUUAUUGGUCGGGGUCUUCAGUGUGUCAGGGAAAUGUGUGUAUUAUCGCUCAACUGACACUUUUCCGCAGUAUUCUUCAUUCUUAAAAGCAAAAAUAAAUCAGGUGUUGAGAGAA